AUGCUGUUCCGGAAUCGUCAAUGGCGUUUUCACGCCUGUACCUUGCGGAAUGACGUGCUUGCCGUAGUGCUGGCUGCAAAUGGCUUGUUUUUUGUUGCUGGAGGCCUAUAUUUGUGUCGUGGAAGAGGACGUGCAAAGCAAACAGCUUGUUCGCUGAUUGCUUCGACCAUGUCCUACGGUGGCGCAAUUGUUGCAACACUACUGAACAUACACCGCAUCAAUACACACACCUCCGCAACAACGAUUGAUGCUAUUGUUGAUUCGUGGAUGAAGGCCGAACCGGGAUCGAGCCUGCUAACAGCAACACUGGGCACAAUAAUCACAGCAAUAUGCGCUUAUCUGUACAUUGUAACCGGGAAACGAGAUCACACCGUGAUGCAGACCAUUCGAAGACGCCGACUGAUGCAAACUGCAAUGAUGUCUUCA